AUGAGCACGGUCGGUAAGCCCAUCACCUGCAAGGCUGCUGUUUGCUGGGGUGCUGGUGAGCCCCUCAAGAUCGAGGAAGUUGAGGUUGCACCCCCGAGGGCUAAUGAGGUCCGCAUCAAAAUCUUGCACACCGGUAUAUGUCAUACUGAUGAGUACACUCGCAGUGGCAAGGAUCCUGAGGGUCUCUUCCCCGUGAUCCUUGGUCAUGAAGGUGGAGGUGUGGUUGAAUCGGUUGGUGAGGGCGUCACAAGCGUGUCAGUUGGCGACCACGUUAUUCCGCUUUACACUGCUGAGUGCCGCGAAUGUAAAUUCUGCAAGAGUGGGAAAACCAACCUGUGUGGAAAAGUGAGAACAACCCAAGGCCAGGGCCUGAUGCCUGAUAGCACCAGCCGCUUCACGUGUAAGGGUCAAGCCAUCCACCACUUUAUGGGAACUUCAACAUUCUCGCAAUAUACUGUGGUGGCAGAGUCUGCGCCUCUCGAGAAGGUCUGUCUUCUUGGUUGUGGCAUCACCACCGCAUGGGGCGCAGUUGUGAAGCAGCAAGGCAUCAAGGGCUCCAAUGUCGCUGUUUUCGGAUGUGGUGCCAUCGGUCUCGGUGUCAUCUCUACUGCGUCGGUCGUCGGUGCUUCUCGGGUGAUUGCCGUCGACACGAACCCUGCAAAAGAGUCUUGGGCAAGGAAAAUGGGUGCCACUGAAUUCGUCAACCCUAUGGCGCUCCCGGAGGGCAAGCGUGUCCAGGAUUACUUAGUCGAGAUUACUGAUGGCGGGUUGGACUUUACCUUCGAUGCUACUGGCAAUGUACACGUCAUGCGUGCUGCGCUAGAGUCGUGCCACAAGGGCUGGGGUGUGAGCACCGUCAUCGGUGUUGCUGCCGCUGGCCAGGAGAUAUCGACACCUGUUACUGGUCGCACAUGGCGAGGUACUGCAUUCGGAGGAGUAAAGGGUCGCACCGAGCUUCCUGGUCUCGUCGAAGACUACUUGCAAGGCAAGCUCAAGAUCGAUGAAUAUGUCACCCACCACCGCAAAUUUGCGGAAAUCAACGACGGUUUCCACGACAUGCACGGCGGCGACUGUAUUCGCUGUGUUGUCAAUAUGACGGAGUAA